UUUAUUAAUUACUUUUCGUUGCACUGUUGCUAGGUAGAAUACCUGCUUCCUGAGAAGGUGGGGGAGUAAUAAUCCAUCGACCGGAAUUGUAACCAAUGAAAAAACCGUGUUGUGCAGUCACUAGGCAGUGUUACGUUUCACAAACCAAUGAGAUUAUUGUCGGCCGAGAAGGGCGCAGGGAGCUGGAGGUAACCGAGGGGAGUGCUGUUGAGUCCCGGGUAAGUCUGUCACGGAGUCACCGUGGAUAACAGCAACAAGAACUGCAAAAUGCCGAAUAAGACUAAGAAAGAAAAGGAGCCAAGCAAAUCUGCUAAAAGUGGCACAAAGAACAGUAACAUUAGCGCUGGGAAGGACACUGGAUCUGAAAACUCUGAUGAGGCCACACAGCAGCAAACUGCAAGUAAGAGGCCCAGCAACAGCACCCCACCACCCACUCAGCUCAAUAAAAUCAAGUACUCGGGUGGGCCACAAAUUGUCAAGAAGGAACGACGCCAGAGCUCAUCUCGCUUCAACCUGAGCAAGAACCGUGAGCUGCAGAAACUCCCUGCCCUCAAAGAUGCCCCACCUAUGGAACGGGAGGAGCUUUUCGUGCAGAAGUUGCGGCAGUGCUGUGUGCUCUUUGACUUUGUCACUGACCCUCUGAGCGACCUCAAGUACAAGGAGGUGAAGCGCGCUGGACUAAAUGAGAUGGUGGAAUACAUCACACACAACCGUGAUGUAGUGACAGAGUCCAUCUACCCAGAGGCAGUCAUCAUGUUCUCAGUAAACCUCUUUAGGACCCUACCCCCAUCUUCUAACCCUACGGGGGCAGAAUUUGACCCUGAGGAGGAUGAGCCCACGCUAGAGGCAGCCUGGCCUCAUCUGCAGCUGGUAUACGAAUUCUUCCUCCGCUUCCUCGAGUCUCCGGAUUUCCAGCCAAACAUUGCCAAAAAAUACAUUGACCAAAAGUUUGUACUGUCUCUCCUGGAGCUGUUUGACAGCGAGGACCCCCGGGAGCGGGACUUCCUCAAGACCAUUCUCCACAGAAUCUAUGGCAAAUUUUUGGGCUUGAGGGCCUACAUCAGAAGACAGAUCAACAACAUAUUUUACAGGUUUAUAUAUGAAACUGAGCAUCACAAUGGUAUUGCAGAGCUUUUAGAAAUCUUGGGAAGCAUCAUCAAUGGUUUUGCUCUCCCAUUGAAAGAGGAGCAUAAGAUGUUUCUGAUACGAGUCCUGCUCCCACUGCACAAAGUGAAGUCCCUGAGUGUUUACCACCCACAGCUGGCCUACUGUGUGGUGCAGUUCUUGGAAAAAGACAGCAGCCUGACAGAACCAGUAAUCAUGGGCCUGUUGAAGUUUUGGCCCAAGACCCAUAGCCCUAAGGAAGUGAUGUUCCUGAAUGAGCUGGAAGAGAUCUUGGAUGUCAUUGAACCCUCAGAGUUUGUGAAGGUCAUGGAACCACUCUUUCGCCAGCUGGCCAAGUGUGUGUCCAGUCCUCACUUCCAGGUAGCAGAGAGGGCACUCUAUUAUUGGAACAAUGAAUACAUCAUGAGCUUGAUAAGUGACAAUGCAGUCAAGAUCCUGCCCAUCAUGUUCCCAGCUUUGUACAAGAACUCUAAGAGCCACUGGAACAAGACAAUACAUGGGUUGAUCUACAAUGCUCUGAAGCUCUUUAUGGAAAUGAACCAGAAGCUGUUUGAUGACUGCACACAGCAGUACAAAGCAGAAAAGCAGAAAGAGAAGUACAAGUUGAAGGAGCGGGAAGAGAUCUGGCACAGGAUUGAAGAGCUGGCAAAGCAGAACCCCCAGAGUUCAAAAAUCUACCCCCCUCUGCAGCCUGGGAUUCACUCUCAAGAAGAGUAUAUGAUGUACAAUGAGAGCCUAGGGGGACUUCCUCCAUAUUCCAUGGAGACAGAGACACCCACUGCGGAAGACAUACAGUUACUGAAGAAAACUGUGGAGAGCGAAGCCAAACAGGGGAUGAAGGAGAUAAAGGACAAGGUGUUAAUGCGGCGGAAGUCAGAGCUGCCCCAGGAUGUAUACACUAUAAAGGCCCUGGAGGCACACAAGCGGGCAGAGGAGUACCUGACAGCCAACCAAGAAGCCCUCUGACCUGAGAGCAGUGUCACCCUCUGCACCUGGUUCACACCUUCCUCUGCCAUCCCAAAGUUGCCUGCUGUACACUCUCCUCCUCCUUACGGCAGUCCCCUAACUACCCCGCCCUAUCCUUUCCGCAAACCCUGCCGGAGAAUUCCAUCUGCAUCGACCUUUGCCAGCGCAGGGAUCAGUCCAGAGCACGCAGAUAUACACACGUGUACUUAAACACAGAGACAGGUGGACACUCAGCAGGUAGAGCAGGCGCAGGUCACAGCACAACAGUAAUCUGAGCUGUACACCUCAGUCAAGCAUGUUUUUAGUCAUUUCUUUCUGUCCUCAUGUUCCUCCAUUCAGUUCUGCCUGCUUUGUCAGUCUCUCUCUGAUUGUGUUGGGAGUGAGUUCAGGUCAGCAUAAACUAUGGUAGAUUUAUAGCCACAAUGACUGAUCUUUCUCUCUGAAGUUGCAGGAUCAUCUGACAGGAGAAGGGAGGAAAUAAGCUUAUUAUAUUUUUAUUGGGGCCUGAAGUUAAAAAGUAAUGUACUUUGAAUGUAAUGCUGAUACUGCAGCGAUAAGGUAAGCUUGGCACAAUGUUUUGUGAGAGCAUGUAAAAAUGUUCUUGGUGGAAAAAUCUGUUGGCUAUGCAAAGACAAUAGCCAGGAAAUGUAGUCAGUAUUGUAGAGCUGGAGAGAAGCCCUGGUUAUGUUCUUGCUCAUUUCACUGCAAAAAAAAAAAGGUCAGUAAUCAGCUGUUCUUGUGUUUCCCAUUGAUUUUUUUUCUUCAUCCUUUAUAAAUCAUGGCUUUUUUUUUUUGUUGUUGAAAUGCUUCUUGAGGACUGCUACACCUGCAGCACAAGUGGUCGGUAUUGUGGUGUGGUAAAGAUACAUGAAAUCCACAGGUGGUUGAACGUCAUAUGAUGAAACAUAAGCUCUGGUGAUAAAAUUUAUUCACAGGCGGUAUUUUAUCCACGCUUAGUCAGGUUCUGUAGAGAGAAGAAAAACAUUUUGCAAGAUCAGGUAUAACUGCCGUGUCGGAGGCACUUAUGAAUUACUGUGCCGAUAUAAAUGCAUCACACCGAGGCACAGAUUGUGCAUGGUGAUCAUUACAAUGUGCAGAGUCUUGCAAGUUUUUUUUUUUUUUUUUUCUUUUGGAUUGUCAUGGGUUGUAGGCAGUGUGUCAGAAAUGGGGUUCUGGCAGGAUAUCCGUCUGUGUUAGUAAGAAUGCUACAAGACCAGGACUUUUCAUUACUACUGCCUGUGUGCUGUGGUGGCCAUCUUAAUAGUCUUUUUUGGUGGCAUUCCACAUUGUGAUUCCUGUUGCUAAUGCUGGAGGAAACAUCGUGUAGCGUUCUCAGUGGUAUACCUCAUCUGUGCCAGCUGUUGCUCCAGGUUUUAAGAGGAGAUGUGUUCUGUUUUUACCUCUUUCUGUUCUUCCAUAGCACAGCAGAGCCCUGGCAUGGUGAAUGUGUCACCUGUAAGUCAUAGCAAUUGAUGCCUGUUCACAGUCCUCUCAAGUCAGCUGUAGAUAAGUCUUAUUGCCAGUGCCUGCAUAUUACCUUGUUAGACAGGCAUCUGUCUCAGAGCUGCAUAUGGGGUUGCCUUUUGUUGCUUUUGCCUUUUUUUUUUUUUUUUUUUUUUGCCAUUUUCCCAUCAUCCCACUGUUGUCCUGAGACCAGAACUUUAACUACAACCAGUUUGGUCACCUAUUAUAUUUCAUAGCAACCCAGUCUGUGUGCUGUUAUCCAGUUAACUGGCAAUCACUGUUUUAUUCUUUUUUAUCCCCAUGUUUUUUUUUGCCCAAUUUUACUGUUACACUAGAUGGCAGAGUCAAACUUUGGUACAUUUACCUAUGAUAGAAACAGUAAAAAUAACAGCAUAUUGCAUUUCAAAGGUGUAAAGGGAGCAUAAUGAUACUCGUUUCCAUUUCUCUGGUCGUUUAAUCAGUUACGGUAAAAACUUAGUCUAUCACUGGACUACAUCUUAAGCCCUGUUCUGGCCCCUUGGCUCUGAACAGUGGUCUCACACUAAAAUGGGAACAGGCCUUUCAUGUUGUCAUUGCCACCUCAGCUUCAUUUUGGGUGUCUAUGGAGACCACUGCAGUUUAGCUAUGAUUCCCUUGUGUGUCUUUUUUUCUUUAUCUUUGAAACCAUGUAUUCGGUUUUAUUCUGCUUCAUUGUUAUUAGUAUUAUUAUUAAUCAUUUUGUAUGUCUAAGUAUAUAACCGUUGACAAGCUGUCUUUUCAGAUAUCUUCCCUCUGGGCUCCUGUUUCCCCUCAUCUUUUCUCUUUUUUUCCAUUUUCUUUGCAAAGAAAUGCUUUCUUGUUUGAGACUGCCUUGUGUUUUGGGAAGGAAAAUGUAACUGCGGUUCGAAGGACUUAAGGAAUGUCUACUGAACUACCCCCACCCCUCCCUCUCCUUAAAACCUGCUUGGUUUAUUUAGUCUCUGUCAUAGAUUGUGAUCUACAAUUUCUUUGAAGCGCCUAAGCAAUAUUUAAAAAAGAAAUGAAUAAAAAAAUGCAUUGGUGUAUGGAAGAGCGCUAUACAAUCCUCCUAUUAGGACUAUAUACAGAAAAAGUACUUGCUUAAUAUUCAGGAUCAUUAUAUGGGGAAAAAAAAUGAAAGCCUGCAGUUAUUGUUACAAUUAUUUGUGUACUGUAUAUUGUAUGUAUAUUGCUUAGGGUUGCACCCCCCAUCCAAUCUUUCAACCGCACACCCUUACCCAUCCUCUACUCACGAAGUUUAAACCUACAGACAUCUCGGCCACCUCCACACCAUUUUGUUUCCAGGUAUGGCUCGGCAGCUUUUUUCCACUUUCUGAUCAUUCCUGAGGUGGUAGUCAUCCUCUUAAUAUGCUGUAGAACAAAGUGAGUUGCCCUUUUUUGUCACAGAGUUGUCAUACUCUUGAAAAAGAACUGUUUUCAUUUGGCACUCUAUCCAUUUGGGUCCUUGAUUUGUUCAAGCAUCUUUUUUAAGUUGACAUCUAAUUGAAGGGGCUGAAAGACGCCAUAUUUGUAACAAAUAUACUGACUUACGAUUUAGUUAGUUUUAUUUUUCCUCUUUGAAAAAUUAUGUAGGGAAAGUAAUGUUUUCAGCAGUGUCUAAAAAAAAAUAGGACUGCUCUGCAAUGUGUGGUCCAAAAAUUGUGAUUAUACUUAGAAAAUAAAUUUCUGCCAACCUGCAGAUUAGGCCACCCUGUAUCCACGACAGGUGCCAGUGUCGUACGUACUUGUGGUGAUUCAUUAACCUGGUGGUUAAUGGCUUGCUUUAUUCAACAGCUUGAUGUUAAAGAACAGCAUUUAAUAGAAAGGGUCUCUUCACCACCAUGUCCCCCUUCCAGCCUGGUUCCCCCUUAUCAGUUCUGACACUAAUGUUAAGCUGCUUUCCAGGUCAUAUGUACAUAUGUUGUACUUUAAUUAGGUAGAGCAUUACAUAGUAUGAAAUGUCAUUUUGUACAGAUGUUCAUGUAUGUACAGAACAAAAUAAAGUCUCUUGAACCAAGGGAAAGUAUCAAUCCAGAUGUAUGCAAACUGGAAAAAUGUAUAGAAUUAUACAUUACAUGUCUUAAACCACCUACAUGGGAGGUUUACAUGGUCUUAUGUUUUAAGAGUAUCCACAGCAGUUCAGGGAUACUUUUGCCAUUCAUUAACUUACUGCUAACUUUAAAUACAGCUAACUUUCCACCACCCCUUUCCCUUGAUCUGUUCCAAGUUUUUUUUUUUUUUUUU